AUGAGCAACGGUGGCAAAUGGGUAAGAAAUUUAUCAUUAUAUCAUAAUAUCUGUUUUAUUUGUUUAUUUUACAGAUCACAGCAUUCAAAACAGACCUUACAAUGAGCCUCUCCUUUCAUUUUCCUUUCAGUUUGCUCAUCCUGCUCUACCAGAAAAUGCGCCAAAGAAUCGUGAGACUUCCACAAGCACUGGGAUCAUGCUGAGUCAGGUUAAAUCAUCAUUGCCCCAAGCUUUGUACUCGGAGCGUUAUCCCAAACGGAAAAGUCAGCAGGUGAGAACGCAAAAAAAAGAUGAUCUGUUGUUUAGUGUGGCCUGUUUUUCUCUGUGAAGUCAUGGCCGAGAGCUGUGGAAAAUUUCAGAGAACUAAAGCAAAGUAAGAAACCGCUUCCUCAUUUUAUUUCCCACCACUGUAUUCAGGUUGUAUUAAGCUGGAUUGUCCUAACAUUAUGGGUUUCUUUGUAGGAGUCAAGAGAGUUUCCAUAUUCAGACCAUGACAACAAGCACUCAUUAAAUGAUAGCAUCUCUGUUUUUGCUCAAGUAAGUAUAAAAUGAAGAUGAUUCAGUACAUGAAGAAGUACUUCCAUCUCCACAUUACUCUUGAAAUAAAUUCAGUUUCUAUGUCAUCUUGGAAUAUUUCAGGGUGUGGGUCGCAGAAAAGACUCUGAUGAUUGCAGACAGACCAAGUCCCACUUCUGCCUGUGCCAUGAUGGUUCGACACUGACUGAAAGCAACAUCACAAUCUACAAGAUGGACUUCAUGGAGAAGCAGAGUGAUGUUAGUGCUACCAGCAAAAGGAGGUUUCCAAAAAACUACAAGCAGAGGUCUGUAGAGGCAGCUUUGGCACAGACAGGGAAUCCUUUUAUGUGGUUUGGGAGGUACGACCCUGGUGCCCCAGAGACCUUACAAGUCCUGGGAGAGACCAACCACUCGGUACCCUCCAUUCCCAAAGGUACUCUUUAA